UCUCUUUAGCCUCUUGGUAAAAAAGUCAAAGAAAUAAUUUUGUUUAAUUAUUUAUUGAAGGAAAAUAAAAAUGGCUACGGUAGAAAUGCAAAGUGAAAGUAUUUCUCAAGAUGAAGAUAUUUAUAAAUUAAUAACGAACAGUUGGAAUGAAGCAGAAGAGACUCCAGAGUCUCUGAAAGUUCUUGAUCCAGAUGAUCCCUUGAUGAAGCGAUUUCAGGAAACACUAAGAGCUCAUCUUAUGAAAAUAAAUAAUAAGUUAACUGAAGAAAUAAAUGAACUUAAAGUUUCUUGUAAGGAAACAAAUAAAAAACGUGAGCAAAAAGGUCUGGAGAUAUAUGAAGCCCAGCGCGAGAUAUCACAGCAGCAAACAAAGAUAGAUAAAUACAGAAAGUCAUUAGAAGAUGUAAAACAAAGUUGUGAAGAAAAAGAGUGUCAUUUAAUUGAACUAAAAGACAUGCGUAAUAGAGUACGUAAUGAAGCUGAAGAAGAAAAUCGACGUGCUGAAGAACUAUCGCGGGAAAUCGAAAGCACAUCGUCGCUGUGUAAACGUUUUUCUGAGUAUGAACAAGAGAUAUCUGAUAAUUUAGCUGUGGCUGAACGAAAGUCGCAAAAAGACGCGAUAGCUGAGAGAGAAAUGAUUCGGCAGAAACAGGAAGCUGAUUAUAUUCUGUGGAAACUUUCGGAGGAAGUGUGGAAGCUGGAAAAAGAAAUUUAUGAUUUGAAACAGCAAAUGGAAAUAAAGAAUGAAGAAAAGGCGGUUGUUAUUCAGACAAUCGCUGACGCAGACGCUGAUCUCGAAGGAAUUCAGAGGGAAAGAAAGGAUUUGAUGGAUGCUUGGAAUGGUGUCAUUGCUAGUAUUUUACAGAGGGAUAAAGUUUUUAAUGAACUAUCGCAGGAACGAUCUAUCGUUAGUCUUGACUUUUUGUGUCUAUUCAUGGUAUUGAUACUCGGAUUAUUAUUGUUUAUUUGCUUUAAUUUUAGAACCAUGCGAGAAUCUUUCAAGACUUUACAAACUCGAAUAGAGAAAGUCAAGAAAGACACACAAAAAGAAAUGGAGAACAAUGAAAAAUUAACAGAAUUAAAAGCAAGACUUGAGGAAGAAGUUAAAUGUGCUGAUGCUGGCUACGAGAUGCAAAAAGAUAAAGCUGAAGGGAUGCAAUUUAAAAUUGACAAGCUUGCAAAAGAAAUUGAUUACUAUGACAGUCAACUUGAAUCUUGUUCUUAUGUAGAAUGUCAAGGUUUGAAAAACGAAGAAAAAUCACUUGAUCAAGAGCUUGAUAAAUUAGCAAAACAACGAAAGACUUUGGAGAAUGACAUUUUGGUGAAGCUUGAAGACAAAGUAAUUCAAGAUAAGGCUGUGAGAAGCCUUACUAAAGUAUUGCGCGAUACGAGAGAGACAGUAAAUCAAUUAGAAUUAUCGAUGAUUCAAAUGGAAAAUCAGUAUGGAAAAAAUUUAUUGAAUUUCGAGAGAUUGACAAGUGACGUGUCUAUGCGAAAAGAACAUUUAGAGGAGUUGGUACAUGGCAAUAGUGUGCGGGAAAAAAAAUUGACUGACAUACAGGAACAAAUUGAAAAAUACAACUCACUGAUUGAGCGCAAGCAGAAACAAAUUGCUGAGCUUAAUAAAAAAAUAGACGAGAUUAGUUUGAUGGACGGUGACAUUGAUAUGGCGCCGCAGGACAUUAAAAUAGCCUCGUUGGAAAAAAGUAUCGAGGAGUUUGACGCUAAAAAUCAAGAGUCUCAGCAGCAGUGGCUGCGUCAAGAAAGUCUGUUAAUUAGGCUGACUCAAGAGCAAGAUGCGCAGCUUGAUGAAAUCAAUCGUCUGAGCAAGCAGAUAAUGAUAAUGGAACAGAAGAAUUUAAAACUCGAGCACCUGCUGGAGAAUGAAAAGAAAACGGAAAAAAAUAUUGACAGGCGAAUGAAUGAACUUCAUCAGCGGCUGCUUAAAACCAAUGCCGUUCUUGCGGAACAAAAGGAACUGAGAGAACAACUGCAGGAUAAAAAUUUAAUUACUAAGGAUGAGUUUAUGAAAAAACUUGAGGAUGAAGAAACUGAGCUUAUUAAACUUAAAAAUAAUAUACGUGAUUUGGCGGAAGAUAAACGUUUACUUGAAGAUAAAUUACGUGACGCUCAUUCGGAAUUUUUUUCAUGGGAAAAGAAAGUCAGAAUGGCUGCUGAUACCUCGAGAAUAAUCAAAGACGAACAGAACCCUGGUGGCGAGGUUGCUGUCAUGAAGAGUGAGAUACAUAAAAUGGAGAUGAGGUUGUCUUAUCUGAAGAAAGUACAAGAGAAGAUGAUUAAGGACAUGGAGCACUGCGUUGUGCGUAGGGAAAUGAUUAUGGACGCAGCUUUGGCAAAGGAGCAGAAAAAUUCACGAGGGAGUCACAACAAGCAAGUGAUGUUUGAAAAACGUAUGGAAGGACGAAGGAUGAAAAUCAAACAGAUGACUAAAGAAAAUAAAUCACUGGAUAAUAAAAUUCUAGAAUUGCAAGCUGAGAAAAACAGACUUGACACAGAAACUGAUGAUAAUAAAAAACUACUCAAAGAUUAUGAAGACGAAAUACGGGAAAUUGAUAGAGAAAUUUCCGAAGCUGAGCUUAUGAAGCAUCACAAACUCGAGUGCUUGGUGAGAAAACAGCGGAAAAUAGGACUGCUGCAGAAAAUCCGUGAUGGAAAAUACAAAAUGUUUUAUAAAUCCGAAGCAGCAUUAAAUGACGAACUUGAGCGACAGAAAAUUUUGAACGUGAAUCUGAUAGAAAUAAUGGAGCAGACUAGUAGAGAUUUCCCUCAUCUCAAAGAAGAUAUCAAAAAAAUUCUCUUGACAAUACAAUUAUCAUAA